AUGCUCUGGCAAGUCGCAAUCAGUCUCUUCUUUCUGCCAGUCGGCCAAGGCGCACCAACAGACUCGAAGAGAUCCAAUACUGGAGGGUCAUCGCAAGGUGGACAACAGCCAAAUGUGGCGCCGGUAGGGAACACAGACACGCACAACCCUUUCGCGCUCAUGGACCACUACAGGCUGCAAGGAGUAAGCCUGUUGAACGUAAUGGGACAAGAAGAUGCUCGUCAGCUUGAUUUAUACCGCAGUCCUUUCAAAGCCGAGGACUUCUGCGAUCCAGAUCAUGGGAUUUGGCAGUCUCUGAACCGUGAUCCAGACACGCUCUUGGGGUUACAAAAAGCGAUCCCUGAGCUCGAAGGUUUGGUUGGUGUUAAGGGCUUCGACUCGCCGGAGUCCGCGGUGAGGUGGUCUGAUGAGGAGCUCUGGAUUGACGAAGCAAGGGUCUUGAAUCCAUCUCCCGAUGAACUUGAGUACCGAAAUCUACUAAGUGGACCAAACAAAAUGAUUAUUUCACUGCUACGCGAAAGUUCCGUCAUUGCAGACGCAGACCGAGAUGCCCAGUAUGAGACCAAACUCGGGCGAUGGUCCGACGUGACGUUCCUGUCGUAUGGUCUCCUGGUGACCGCUGGCGAGGGCGGCGAGGUGAACAAAGAUUUCCUGAACGAGGCACCUGAAGGCUACAUCCCAGUUCACAAGAGAUUGGCCCCGACUUGGUUUUUACAGCACGAUAUCGAGGUACUCGACGAGCUCACCGAUGUCGUCCAAUUCUGCCUGGGAACUUAUCACACUUGGACACUCGCCAGCUGGCCAGGGGUCACGUUUCCCAUUGGCUCGUUCUGCUAUCUGGCACUUCUUGGAACCGAAACCGGAACGGAGCUCGCCAUGUUCUUCGUCAGACACCGUAUGGCAAUUGGUCGUGCGAUUUUCGGCUCAGUGACUGUCUUCAAGGACAAAUCUGGCAAAACAAAUUUGUUGUGGUGGGCAGCUUAUGACGAUGCCAUUGUUGAGAGGCUUGGGCUGGAGAUGAAUGUGAAGAAUUCGAAGGCCAAUGACGCUGCCAGGAGACUUGAUACCUCCGAUAAUGCAUUCCCUUAUCCGCUGGCACCUGUGCGUGCUCCGGGCAACCAUUUAUGA